CGCGCCGCGGUCAAGCUGUGGUGGUCGGGCGAGCCACUGUACGGAGGCGGCGUGCGCUUCCAUCACUCGGAAAAGGUGAAGCUGCUGGCGCUGGGUAGCAGCAGCGUCGCGGGCGACUGCCACUCGGGCUCGCCUCUGUCCUCGUUGUCGGCGGCCGUCGUCGCGGGCGGCAGGCACCACACCAGCUCCACCACGACUGCGGCCGCGGCGGCAGCUCUGCUGGCAGCCGCCACCACGUAUUUUCACUCGUACUCGUUCGUGCCGGCCGGCGGUGCGGGCGCGCCGGUGCCUCCGGCUGCGGCCUUCGCCCACCAACACCACCACCACCAAGCUCACCAGCAGCAGCAGCAGCACCAUCACCACCACCACCAGCAGCAGCACCCAGCUACCGCCGCUCAUCAGCAUCACCAGCAUCACCACCAGCAGCACGCCUGCACCAUAGCCUGCGCCAGCUGCGCCGUGUGCAACUGCAACGCGGCCGCCGCCGCCGCCGCCGCCGCCGCCGUCAACCAGCAGACCCACCAGAUCCAACAGCAGCUUGCCUACGCGGCCGCCGCCGCCGCCGCCACCGGCUCCACUCACCACCACCAGCAGCAGCAACACGCUCAUCAUCACCGCCCGACCGCCGCGCUCGCCGCCGCCUCCGCCGCAACCACGGCCACCGUGCUGCUGCAGCCGCUCGACCGCGUCAAGGACACCAUGAGGGGAAGCGAUGAGCUCUUGUCGCAGAGCGGCGCAGUUAGCAAUGGUGCAGCGAUGAGUCCACAGCCACACCACGCUGCCGACAAUAACAACGAAGCGAAGAAGGCAAAAUUGGACAAGAGUCAAAAUGGAAAACCUUCGCGAGUCAUACACAUUAGAAACAUCCCCAACGAGGUGUCCGAGGGUGAAAUUAUUCACUUGGGCAUGCCGUUCGGACGCGUUACCAACGUCCUUGUUCUCAAGGGCAAAAAUCAGGCAUUUUUGGAAAUGGCGGACGAGAAUGCCGCGGCGACGAUGGUAACGUAUUACGCGUCGUGCCCGGCCCAGCUUCGCGGCAGGGCUGUCUACGUGCAGUUUAGCAAUCAUCGAGAGCUCAAGACCGAUCAGGCGCACAACAAUGCGGGUGGGAGCCCCACCAAUGCCAUCGCCAAUACGUCCAACAAUACGAAUGUGCAGACGUCAGGUCAAGGUCAGGUGCAAGGAAGCGAUACACAAGGAGGACCUAAUACAGUUCUUCGAGUGAUCGUCGAACACAUGGUCUACCCAAUUUCCCUUGAUAUUCUUUACCAGAUUUUCACACGGUAUGGCAAGGUACUGAAAAUCGUCACCUUCACAAAGAACA